GACUCCGCUAGGUUGUCUUCCGCGACCCAAAUCAGCAAACAUCAAAAAUCGUAUAAAUACCUGGAUACCUAGACAGAAAAAGUAUAUUCUCCCAACGUUUUUUAAAGCCAUCUGAGCUAACAAUCAAACAUGUGCCGUCUUACUUCAACAAUGAUUGCCGUAGCCUUGGUGCUGGCAACGCAUUUGAAAGAAACCAGUUCUUUCGCCAUCCAUCGAUUAAAUGACGCCUCCCAUCUUGACCGUGAUGAUUCUCACGAAACUCUUUUCAACACCCGACCAGCAACAUCUGAUUCAGCUGUAGGUUUGGCCAGUCUACAGGGCCAGCUCGUUCACAGCUCGGAGGAGGAUGCCCACGACGACAGCUCAUCAGUGGAACAUCGAUUAAUUAAACGAAGCAACGUUCAUCAGUUAACACCCGAAGAAUGGCAACUCCUCGUCCAGCAUGAAAUGAAUCGCGAUCGUUUCGAUUCUUCGGAAGAAGUGGACAGGCUCUUCCUCCAGCAAAACGUCCACACGGCCGAGGAUUUCCAAAGAUUGUUGGCGAGUCGACAGUGGACGAGAGAUGUCAGCGACGAGCUGCAGGGAAGCUGGGAAGUGAAAGACGUCGAGUUGUUAAAGAAACUGUUUGGAGAUUCGUGGGAGUCGGUCAAGGAUAGGAGGUUCGAUCACACGUCAGUCGAAGAUUUGAUGGAAAUUUGGCUCCACCAAAAUAAUGCGCAACGAUUGGCGCGGGACGAAAGGCCAUAAGCUUUUAUAGAAGUAGUCAAAUGUUUUUACUUUUAUCGACGUACCUGCUAUCUAUCCUAUUUUGUAUUACAUUCGAUGCCGUGCAGCACAUUCUCUUUAUGCAAAUACAGAUCUCCCGCGCCUUUCAAUUCAAA